AUGCCGGACCGAGCUCUUGAUGUAUUCCAACGAAUGGGGGAGAUUUUUGGGUGCGAGCCUGGGGUCAGAUCUUAUAAUACUCUGCUCAAUGUGUUCGUAGAGGCGAAACAAUGGGAUAAAGUGGAGUCCUUGUUCGCCUACUUCGAAACAACGGGUUUGGCGGCAACUCUGCAGACGUAUAAUGUUUUGAUUAAGAUGUCAUGCAAGAGGAAACAGUUCGAGAAAGCUAGAGGGUUUCUUGAUUGGAUGUGGAAAGAAGGGUUGAAGCCUGAUGUGUUUAGUUACAGCACUGUGAUUAGCGAUCUUGCGAAAGCUGGAAAAGUUGAUGAUGCACUGCAACUGUUCGAUGAAAUGUCUGAGAGAGGAUUAGCACCUGACGUUACGUGUUAUAACAUCUUAAUUGAUGGGUCUCUCAAGGAAAGAGAUCACAUCAUGGCUAUGAAGACAAACUGUUGGUGGACUCUUCUGUUUAUCCUAAUGUUAAGACUCACAACAUUAUGGCUGGUUUGCCAGAGGAAGCCGUCGCGGGGUGAAGGCCAUCGGCCUGACCAUUUAGCUUUUGUGACUGUCAUCAAUACGUACAUCAGUUUAUGCACGUCUAUUGUUUGGGGAGAUGCCAAGCCCAGAUGUGGUCGCGUGGAAUGUAAUGAUUCCAGGGCAUGGCAAAAGAGGAUGUGGCACAACCAUUUGAAUCCUGAUAUUAACAAGGAUGCUUGGACCUCAGAGGAAGAAGUAGCUCUCAUGAAUGCUCAUCGAAUCUAUGGAAACAAGUAG